CGAAAACAAAAAGAGUGUAAACUAAGGGCAAAAAUUUGCUAUUUUCAGAACGCCAACGCCAGGAUAAAGAAGAAAAAGUUCGACUUCACACAUCUAGCUGAAUCAAUUGAGAUCGAAGAACGUGAAAAAGCCAAAGUACAUUUGGUUAUUCGGUUACAUCAGUUUCUUCUACCAGGAAGAGGUCGCGGUAGCGGUAAGUCAAAUCGUCCAAAGAAGGAAUUCAUCUGCAAAUACUGUAACCGACACUUCACCAAAUCCUACAAUCUUCUCAUCCAUGAACGUACUCAUACGGAUGAACGCCCUUAUUCCUGUGACACUUGCGGCAAGGCGUUUCGGCGUCAGGAUCAUCUUAGAGACCACAAAUUCAUUCACUCGAAGGAGAAGCCGUUUAAGUGUGACGUUUGCGGGAAGGGGUUCUGUCAGUCCCGAACGCUUCAAGUUCAUCGUACGUCUCAUGCAGAAUGUACAAGUGGUCAGAGUGGUCACGACAUCGUCAAUCAGGUGUGUACCUUAUACUUUGUGCUUCAGCUAAGCGAGGUUGUUUAUAUUAACGGUGGCUAA